UGUAUUAUCUAUCCCUCACUUAUACUCUCUCACACCCAUUUCAUUGUUACAGUUUUAUUCUCAAGAAAAAGAAGGAAAAUGAGCAGGCCGGGAGAUUGGAACUGCAAGUCGUGCCAGUACCUCAACUUCCAGAGGAGAGAGUCGUGCCAGCGCUGCGGGGACCCGAAAUCGGGCGGCGGAGACUUCGGAGGCUUUGGAGGGAGGGGGGGCUCCUCCUUCGGCUUCACCACCGGCUCCGACGUCCGUCCAGGCGACUGGUACUGCAGCGCCGGCAACUGCGGGGCCCACAACUUCGCCAGCCGCUCCAGCUGCUUCAAGUGCGGCGCCUUCAAGGAUGACGGCGGCUUCGACUGCGACAUGCCCCGCUCCCGCGGCUUCGGCUUGGGAGGCGGAGGCGGCGGCGGCGGCGGCGGCGGCGGCGGUGGCCGACCGGGAUGGAAAUCCGGGGACUGGAUUUGCAACAGGUCUGGAUGCAACGAGCACAACUUUGCGAGCAGAAUUGAAUGCUUUAGAUGCAAUGCCCCUCGGGACUCAUACUAGACAUAUCUUAUAUAUCUAAAAUAUAGUUUUGGGCACUUCAGCCAAGCAAGAGAGAGAGAGAUCGAAGAUAAAUGGUAGAACGUUUUCUAGCAUGGUUUACUUUCAUUAAUAUUUCUUUGGGGUGAUGAGCUUCUUAAUUAAGGCCAAAUCAACAUGCACGGUUCAAGACCCAUGUCCGCAUAAAAGCUACAUGAAUGCCUCCAAUCUUGUUAGGUUUCGCAUAAUUAUUAAAGUGAUGUAGUUUUUUUUGGAUGCUUUUUAAUAUAUCCGUUGUCUUUAUAUUAAGGGUUUGUUUUGUUUUCUUUUUUUUUUUUUUGAAUUUUUGUUUCUCUUUUUUGUAC